GAUCACUUGAGAUAGGAUUUGUUUGGACAAGAUAUUUUCAACUACAAGGAUGAAGUAUUCCUCGCGCAACGCCGGCCUCGUCGGCGGGCAAUGUGUAUUCCUUAGCCUCUCCUGGAUCUUCGUGUUCGCCCGCCUGUAUGUCCGUAAACGGCUCGUCAAGAAGGUCGACUUCGACGAUUACUUUCUGAUCUUGACACUGGCUUUAUACACCAUCUUGGCCGCCUUCAUCAUUACCAUCGCCUCCCUACGACCCUUCUCCUACGACCUUACGCUCCUGCAACUUGGAGCCGCGCGCGGCGCCAUCUCUAAGGGUCUGCACCUAUUCUUCCUUUGCGAGGUCUUCUAUAUUCUAACCUGCGCAUCCCUCCGCAUCUCCGUCGGCCUCCUCCUCCUGCGCGUGGCAAGUAGCCCUGCGCAGCGCCGGGUCAUUUACCUCAUCAUGCUCCUCAUGAUCUGCUCUUCCAUCGCUUUCCUCUUUGUUGUCAUCUUCCAAUGUAACCCUAUCUCUUACUUCUGGAACGAGACUCCGGGAGCCGUUGGAACCUGCGUCAAGAGUAGCACAGUGGCCGAUACGGGAUAUGCGCAUAUGGCGGUCGCUUUUAUCUCCGAUUGGACCCUGGGUCUCUUACCAGCCUGGCUGCUGUGGAAUGUACAGAUAAGCAGAGGGAGAAAGAUUGGGAUCUCGAUUCUGUUGGGUUUUGGUCUCUUAUGCGGUGUCGUUGCGAUUGUGAGAACGCCGAUUAUCAAGGACGCGGCCGCAACGUCCGAUUUCGAACGUGACUGGGUCCCUCUAGCUCUUAUUUCGAUUAUCGAGCCUGGAUUAGGUAUCAUCGCGGCAUCGAUCGCGACACUUCGGCCACUAUUCUCCUCACAACGCCUCCAGACAGUCAGUUCGUUAUUCAGCGGUGGCCCGGGCUUGUGGAAGGGAAGUAAGGUAGGAAAGAAGCCGAAUGGUUCAAUUACUGCGCUCACGAGUGGAAGUCUGGAGGAAGGGAAAGCCGGCAUUGAGUUGACGACUACCGUGGAGACUGAUUCCUUGAGAGUUUCUUCGGGGACACAUCCCUUUGCGCCUGCUGCUUGGUGAGAUAUAUGGGAAGGUCUAGGGUUGGUGAUCAUCAAGCGCAGAUAGGGCGAGUGGAAACAUCUUUGAAGAUUGUCGUGUAAGAAAAUCUAUGUAUAUAUUCUUCGCGAUUGGUUUCUCCAUCUAUCUCUAUUCCAAUGCUCCACCUAUUUAUUCCUAAUUGUCCACUUGCAUCACCAUCUCAAUUUGUCUUGAAAUUCAACUUCCCGCUCCAAGUCCUCAAUCUCUUCCCCCAGACCUGCAACCCCACAAUCACCAAGAAGCCCGCCACACAGAUGGCCGCCUGAACACCAAAACUCCUCUCUGGACCGCCCGCAUUGGCCCACUCCAC